AUGCGUGGAAUCCGGCCCAUCCGAACAGGCCCAUUCCGUGAGCGGACACGACUGCACCCACCAUUGCACCCACCACGACAUCCACCACUGCAGGCCCUUGCAUGCGGUCGGCGUGCUGUUUCCCUGCUUGCUCAGACCGUCUUCCGGCCAGCUGCACAGCGGUUACACUGGUGGCCGUUAGCGCAUCGACUAAGCAAGGCUAUGACACGACGGAGCAAUAUUCGAGCGGUGCACACAGACUCGGGGCCAGAGCAUCUGACCGCUCCUCGAGUCAUGGCCGGUACGCAGAAGGGCCGAGGAUCGGCCCAGGUUCGGAAUCCGGCAGCGCCGAGCGCCGCAGCGCCGAGUGCCAGCAUCGUGGUGAUAUCCCCGGCCAAUGAGGUGCUGCUGCUGCGCCGCAUACAAAACGGCACGUUUGCAGCGGCCCACGUGUUCCCGGGUGGCAACCUCAGCAGCUUCCACGAGGACGGGCUGAUCCCGGCCAGCGACAGUGCCGAGCGACAUGUGGACGGCCCGGCGUACCGGCUGGCAGCCAUCCGCGAGACGUUUGAGGAAAGCGGCGUGUUGCUGGCACGGCCACGGGGCACGAGCCGGGGUGACAGUGCUGGCGAGCCGGCAGCGGAUGAGCGGCUGCUCUUGCAGGUGCCCGAAGACAUAGCCGGCGCAGGACGGAAACAGGUCGAGCGCAAGGAGGUGCGGUUUGUUGACUGGCUGGCCAGCGUGGGUGGAGAGGCCGACAGCGACGGGUUGAUUCCGUUUACGCGCUGGAUCACACCGCCGAACCUGGCACGUCGCUUCACGACGCAGAUGUACCUUUACCUGAUGCCGCUGGCAGCGACCGCGACAGGGAUGAAAGCCACGGCCGACCAGACGGAGGUGUCGGCGGCCGAGUGUGCCUCGGCGGCAACGUGGGUGCAGCGGGCGCAGCGCAACGAGAUCAUCCUGUUUCCGCCGCAGAUGUACAUCCUGGCGCUGCUGGCACCGAUUCUCGGCAGGUCAGACGGACAGAUGGCAGACCAUGCCGGCGAGCGGCAACGGCUGGCCGAGCUGCUGCGCCAAGGAAGCGGACCGGAAGCCGGCCAGGCCUGGGCCGAGCUGGUGAUCAGUCCGCGCAUGUUGGCACGGCUGCCCGACGGCCGCACCGCCUUGAGGCUGGACCAGCCCGGGCCAGAGCUGAGGAACAGCGGCAGGACGGGCGACCUGCAUCGCGUGAUGGUGGUCGGCAGCACAUCGUCAGGCUCGCCUCGGGACGUGCAGCUGCAGUCGCGGGCAGAGGUGCUGGAUGCCAUACGAGCAGCUGCAGCGGCGCAGGCGGUGAGACCGGAGGGCAAAACAAGGUUGUAG